AGUAACUUAAUGGCCAAUGGCUGCCACCUCAUCGUGAUGUUGACGAGUGUCUGUAAAUGUGGAACUUGCUGGUGAUACGUUGAGGCUCGCUGGAGCUUUUUCAGGACGAUCGUCGACGAUAACAACAGCCAGGAUGAGUCGCGCUCACGUUGGAGCUUUCCUGGCGAUCUUCUUGAUCGCUCAGGCACACGGUAUCAUGUUCUACCUGGAACCAAAUACCCACAAGUGUCUCAAGGAGGAGGUCCAAGCGGAUGUGCUCGUCACGGGCGAGUACGAGGUGUCCGAGGCGAUGGGUCAGAAGACCGAUUACGUAAUACAGGAUUCCAACGGACACAUAUUGUCCCAGAAGGAGGAUAUUCCUUAUGGGAAGUUGUUGAAAUUCUCCUUUGUAACUGAAACUUACAAUACUUUUGAAAUAUGCUUUGCUUCACAUGUUCCAAAUCAUCAACGUGGGAUCAGACAAGAGGUCUCACUAAUCAUAAAACGUGGUAUCGAAGCAAAGAGUUAUGAAGGCUUGAUCGGCGAAGCAGCCAAGUUAAAACCAGUAGAAGUGGAAUUAAAACGAUUGGAGGACUUGUCUGAGGCGAUAGUGCAAGACUUUGCCAGAAUGCGCAAGAAUGAGGAAGAAAUGAGAGAUACAAAUGAGGCCACAAACACUCGAGUGCUAUAUUUCAGUUUAUUCUCGAUAUGCAUUCUUUUCGGUUUAUCUACAUGGCAACUCUUCUACUUCCGACGUUUCUUUAGGAUGAAGAAACUCAUAGAAUAGAUUCGUAACAAAUACAUUUAUUUUUUGAAUUUCAGUUUUUGUUAUUUACAACUUCAUAUUUAAAUGUGAAUUUACAUCAUAAUCUACUUUUUAUAUUUGCAACAACAUAAAAACAAGUAAACUUUUAUGACAUAAAAGAAAUAAUUUUGAAAUAAACAGGAAAAGAAAUGUCAGUCAUGUUACCAUAUUUCAAUCAAUGUAAAAUACGAUAGGACUUUUCAUCUCACCAUACAUUACACAUAUAUCACAUUAUUGAGGAUGUAAUAUUUAAAAAAAAUGUAAGAUA